AUGCAUUUACGCAAGUGUCUACUUAUUAUCGGAUCAUUUUACUUCAUAGUUGAAGGGACGGAUGUGGAUAAACAUCCGAACUGGAAAUACCUACCUGAGAAUUGUGGGAAAGCGAAAGAAAAUCAAUUUCGGAUUUAUGGAGGACAAGAAGCUCAACUAGGAGAAUUUCCUUGGAUGGUGAGACUUAGAGGAGAGAAACAUGGUUUGCAUGGUUUCGUUUGUGGUGCAGCUCUCAUAGGUCCAAGACAUAUCUUAACAGCUGCACAUUGUCAAGAAGAUGUUAAUAUAGUAUCUGUUCGAAUUGGAGAAUAUGAUACAAAGGAACCUAUUGAUUGUGAUGAUGACGGCUGUGCCCCAGAACACCAAGACAUAGAAGUUGAAUAUUUCAGAGCUCAUCCUGAAUGGAGUACUUCCACUUUACAUAAUGAUAUUGCCGUGGUGAAACUUGUGCGUGAUGCUACAUUCAAUGAUUACGUUCAACCGAUUUGUCUACCUGGCCGUAAUACUUUCUUCAAAACCUAUGACCCUACUGGAUCGGUGAAACUCGCUGGUUGGGGCUAUGCCGAUAAUUCUUCUCGUAUACAUCUUCCGCACGUUCUUCAAUUUGUCAAUCUUCCUGUCAAAGAUAUGUCUUAUUGUAGCGAGUAUUAUCCCAAAUAUAGAUCUACUUUUGUAGCCAAUGAUCAACUUUGCAUUGGCUCACCUGAUGGAAAAGACACAUGCGAAGGAGAUAGUGGAGGUCCGGUCAUGCAAGAAAUUAAAGUAGAUAACGAAUAUCGUUUUCAUUCUUUAGGAGUUGUUUCCUUCGGAUCUUCUAAAUGUGGGGAAGCGCCAGCAAUUUAUACAAAUGUUAGAGCAUAUUUAAAAUGGAUUUUAGACAAUUUGUGA